AUGCCUACUGUUAAUGUUGAUAAAGAAGAAUUCUAUAAAUGUCUUGGAAAACAAUAUUCAACUGAAGAAUUUCGUGAACUAUGUUUUGAAUUUGGAAUUGAACUUGAAGAAGAUACUUCAGAAAAGGAAAUGGCCCAAAAAGAAGUUGGUGCGGACAAAGCUGAAGGAUUAUCUGAACGGUCUAUCUUGAAAAUAGACAUUCCUGCUAAUAGAUAUGAUCUUCUUUGUCAUGAAGGUAUUUCAAAAGGAAUAUUAAUUUUUCAAGGAAAGUCAAAAAUGACAACAUAUAAACUGAUUGAACCAGAAAAUGGUAAAUCACAAAUCAUAAUAAAGCAAGAGACAGCUCAAAUUAGACCUCAUGUUGUUGCACCUUUUACUUAUGAAGCUCUUAAACCGAAUGAAAUUAAAUUUACCCCACUGAAUCAAACAAAAGAAAUGACUGGUGAAGAGUUAAUGCAAUUUUAUGAAAAUGACAAGCAUCUUGGAAAAUUUCUUCAUAUUAUUAAAGAUUCGCCUGUUUAUCCAGUUAUUUAUGAUAGCAAUCGUAUAGUUUGCUCAUUGCCUCCUAUAAUUAAUGGAGAACAUUCAAAGCUUACAUUAGCAACAAAAAAUGUUUUUAUUGAAUGUACAGCAACUGAUCUAUCAAAAGCAAAAAUUGUAUUAAACACUGUUGUUACCAUGUUUUCUGAAUAUUGUGAACAACCUUUCACUGUUGAACCUGUUGAAGUUUUAUAUCCGGAUGGCACUUGUCACACUUAUCCAAAUCUUAAUCCACGUAGAAUGGAGGCCAAAGUUGAUUAUAUUAAUGCAUGCAUAGGCAUAAAACUUAACGCCAUUGAUAUAAUCAAACUUUUAAAUAGAAUGUCAUUGUCAGCAACUAUUUCUGAUAAAGACGAAAACCUACUUUUGGUUGAUAUACCACCAACUAGAGCUGAUAUAUUACAUGCUUGUGAUAUUAUGGAAGAUGUAGCAAUUGCUUAUGGAUUUAACAAUAUUCCAAAAACUUUUCCCAACAAUGACAAUAAAACUGCAGUGAAAUUGGCUAAUCCAAAAACUGCAGAAUAUCAAGUUGUUCGUACUUCACUCUUACCGGGAAUAUUGAAAACUGUUAAAGAAAAUAAAAAACAUUCUUUACCAAUAAAAGUUUUUGAAGUAUCAGAUGUGGCUUUUAAGGACGAUUCACAAGAAAGACGUGCAAGAAAUGAGAGACAUGUUUGUGCAUUACAUUGUGCUAAAGGAUCAGGUUUUGAGACUAUCCAUGGACUUGUAAAUCGUCUUAUGAACAUGUUGCACGUAGAACUUGUUCCUGCAUCUUCAGAUAAGCUUGGCUAUUAUAUCAAAGAAUCUAACGAUCCAACAUAUUUUCCUAAUCGUAGUGCAGAUAUUUUUUUACGACAAAAGACAAAUUCAGAAACUCUGACCACAAAAAAAAUAGGAAACUUUGGUAUAAUUCAUCCAAAAGUUUUAGAAAAUUUUGAAAUAAUUUAUCCAUGUUCAGCUUUAGAGUUUGAUUUAGAACAUGGUGAAAUGAUAGUUGGCUCUGUAAUUCCGUAA